UUGAGGAACUUCAAUAUAAGAUGCUCUCUCUCUCUCUCUCUCUCUCUCUCUCUCUCUCUCUCUCCUUUCGUGUUUGUGGAAGUAUGGCCAUGGAAUCUCCAAACUUCAGCUUUGGAACAUCUCUUCAAGUACCCAACGUUCAGGAACUGGCGAAAGAGCACAUGAUCACGGUCCCACCUCGUUAUAUGCGUCCUGAUCAAGAUCCUACGAUUGUCGUAGAUCCAAUCACAUCGCUUUCGGAGAUUCCGAUCAUCGACAUGGAAAAGCUGCUUCUCCGAGAAUCCGGCGCCUCUGAAUUGGACAGAUUGCACUCCGCUUGCAAACACUGGGGCUUCUUCCAGGUCUCUCUCUCUCUCUCUCUCAUCAGGUGGGACCCACCAAGCAGAUGGGUCAAGGACCAGUUGGUAAAUCAUGGAGUUAGCUCUACCUUAGUAGAGAAAAUGAAGUUAGAGAUUCAAGAAUUCUUUAAGUUACCUUUGGAAGAGAAAAAGAAAUACUGUCAGAAGGAAGGAGAUGUAGAGGGACUUGGGCAGGCUUUCGUUGUAUCAGAAGAACAGAAACUCGAUUGGGGUGACAUGUUCUUCUUGAACACCCUCCCACCUCAUUUAAGGAAGCCCCAUCUUUUUGACGACCUUCCCCCAUCUUUCAGGGAGACACUGGGAACCUAUGCAGUGGAGUUGAAAAAGCUAGCCAUGGCCAUAUUGGGAUUCAUGGCUAGAGCUCUUGGGAUGAAGGUAGAGGAGAUGAGAGAGCUGUUUGAAGAAGGAUUCCAGUCAAUGAGGAUAAAUUAUUACCCACCAUGCCCUCGACCAGAGUCAGUGAUUGGCCUUUCACCCCACUCAGAUUCUGUGGGCCUUACCAUUCUACUUCAAAUCAGUGAAAUCGAAGGCCUUCAGAUCAAGAAAGAUAGGAUGUGGAUUCCUGUUAAGCCACGCCCUAAUGCCUUUAUAAUCAACAUUGGAGACAUUUUGGAGAUAGUAAGCAAUGGCAUGUAUCGUAGCAUCGAGCACAGGGCAACAGUAAACUCAAUGCAUGAGAGGCUGUCGAUAGCUGCAUUCCACAGUCCCAAACUAACAGGAGAUAUAGGCCCUGCGCCCAGUCUGAUCAGCACACAAACCCCACCACAGUUCAGACAUGUUAGUGUGGAAACGUACUUCAAGGAACUCUUUACUAGGAAACUUGCAGGCAAGGCGUAUGUCGACUACUUUCGGAUAGACCAUGGAGAAGGCAAUGCUAGUACUAAUUGAGGGUGUUUACCUAUUCAUAAGCUUUUCAGCAUGCACAAUAUUUCCAGAUUAAGCUUAAGGUAUUAAGCUUUGUAUUGGAUCUGUGCUCUACAUAGAACAGGCAAUAAACAACAUGUUAUGUCAUAAAUAAAUAUUGCAUAUAUGUUGAUAUCAGGGUGUUUUAUUGAAGGUCUGAUGAGUUAAUGUACCUCAUAUUUCAUUUCUGUAAUCGUUAUAGUUAUUAUAUCUGCAAUGAAUAAACACCCUAUUCCACUA